UUAAAAAAUCGGUCGCGAGCUCCCGAAGCGUGUCUAGUUGUUUUAUCUGUGUGUGUGAUUUUUUAAAAAUCGAAAUUGCAGCCGAUUUGUUUAUAAAAUGGUUGAAAGAUUGAAUGAAAUACGUAUCAAUUAUUUUUCAUUUUAAACCACAUUUGCCUGAUGUUUAUUUCCAGCUGUAUGUAAAUAGAGGAAAUAUUCGCUAUUUUAGAAGUUCCAAAUUGAACGAAAAAGCAACAUGGAAACAAUUAAGGACGACAACAACCACGCUAACAAUAAUUUGGAAUCAGGAGACGGCAAAAAAUCCCAGACAUCAAUGUUCAAAGCGAGAAUGAAACCGUUCAGGCGCACAAGGUCUUUAAAUGCCCCGAGUCCUAUAUGCCAGUUCGGACCGUGCGGCCGGAUCAUGAAAAAUUCAGCCAUGGUAAUGACCAUUCAAGAUCCUGCAAGUCAACGGUUGACAUGGAACAAACCACCAUUAACAGUCCUCGUCAUAAAAAAAGUUCACGACUUGUCCGUUAUCCAACCAUUUAUAGAUCUCGUCAAAUGGCUCAUCUACGAGAAACACAUGCUGGUUUUUGUGGAAGCUUCUGUGUUAGAUGAAGACUACUUGCUCCUCAACUCAUCCUAUUCAUCAGUCAAAGAAAAGCUUUGUACCUUCAAGGAAGGAAAAGAUGACCUUACAGAUAAAAUAGAUUUCAUCGUCUGCUUAGGAGGUGAUGGAACAUUGCUUUACGCAUCGUCACUUUUCCAGCAAAGCGUUCCUCCUGUGAUGGCUUUCCAUUUGGGAUCUCUGGGCUUUCUCACACCGUUCGAAUUCGACAACUUUGAAGAGCAAGUCACAAAUGUGCUAGAAGGCCAUGCAGCCCUAACUUUGCGAAGUCGUCUUCGGUGCAUCAUUGUGAGAAAUGAAAUAGGAGAGAAAAGCAAUAAACCACAUACAAGUUUCCUGGUUCUCAACGAAGUCGUCGUCGACAGGGGACCCUCACCUUACCUGUCUAACAUCGACUUGUACUUGGAUGGCAAACACGUCACUACAGUUCAAGGCGAUGGUCUCAUCGUGUCGACUCCGACGGGCAGCACGGCGUACGCAGUGGCAGCCGGGGCCUCGAUGAUUCAUCCCAGCGUGCCGGCCAUCAUGAUCACCCCCAUCUGUCCACAUUCGCUGUCUUUCCGUCCGAUCGUCGUUCCCGCUGGUGUGGAACUCAAGAUCAUGGUGUCGCCAGAAUCUCGAAACUUAGCUUGGGUUUCUUUCGAUGGUAGGAAGCGACAGGAACUUCGUCAUGGAGACAGCCUCCGCGUGACGACGUCCGUCUAUCCCAUUCCGUCCAUCUGCGCCCAGGACCAGAUCAGCGACUGGUUCGACAGUCUGGCCGAGUGCCUGCACUGGAAUGUGCGCAAGAAGCAGAGGCAACUGGACGAAUACUCGGACCUUGUCCACUCUUCUUCGUCGGACUCCAUAGAUUCCAGGAACCUCGAACAUCUGGACGCAUGAAGGGGAAACAAGCAUUGCGCUGCAGAAAUUAUAGAAGAUGCACCCCAAAACAGGUGUUUUCCAAAACUCAAGUCGUCCUGAAAAUGAACCUAGAAUGUAAUUUAAAAAUUGUAAUACCUUGCUGAAUAAGUAGACAAAGUGAAAUAUUCAUAAUUUUCAAAUCAUGUACAGAGAACUAAACGGUACUAUUUUUUAAAUUUUAUCAUCACAGUAGCAUUUUGUGAUAUUUAUAUUUUUUAACAAUCGACGUAAGCAUUUUA